CUUAGUGUAGCUAGAACACAUGGGAUAUAAUACUCGCACAUUCCUCUUCGGUGUCCGCUAUUGAGCUUAAUCGGUUGCUACUUGCCUCUGGAAUGAUACCCACUUCUCUUGCGUCUGGAUCCGACAUUUUAUGAUACGGCGCUGUUCAAUUGUUCUGCUCCUUUUGGAGCCGCAUUCCUAUUGACGUCUAGUAUCCUAGUCCGUUGCCAUCGCUCCCAAGACCCACUCAUCUCCGGUUGUUUCACCCCCUGGAAAUAUCAUGCCGGAUUCCAAAUCGGAUGGCCAUGAUGCUAGGCAGUCAGGGUCGACUCCCCUGCGACGGGAGCGGGCCCCGACUAUCACCAUCGAUACGUCGGCUGUAACGUCCUCAACCGACCAGCAAGAACCCCCGCAACAGAUACUUCCUACCCCAUCCCACCCCUCCUUACAAGUGUCUACCGAAAAUGUUGAUGCGCAUGAUAUGAGCGCGCUCUUGAGCAGUGGGGGUGUCUCGCCAUCGUCAGUCCGCUCUUUUGCGUCAUCUGAGAACCGGGACUACGAGAGUCGUCCUACAUCCCCGCACAAUAUCUCUCCCGCCUCGAAAAUGACGGAGAACAUGUCGAAUUCGAAUUACCUGGCUGUCCCCGGCACCAGGUCUCGCGGUAACUCGUUGGAAUCUGAGGACUCGAAUAAUUCGUAUACCAGCUCGUGCGGCGGAGACACCUAUGUUCCCACAGCAUCUCACGGCUCGCGCACCGAUUUGACCCAGAACACGAUAAUCUCCGAUGAGGAUGCUCUCAAGCCGGAUCCGGGGCGAGAGGCCGAGUUUGAGGUGGAAGACAACAAAUUCGCAUUCGCGCCUGGCCAUCUGAACAAGCUAUUGAACCCUAAGAGCCUGGGCGCAUUUCAUGCGUUGGGAGGGUUGCGUGGAAUCGAAAAAGGACUUCGAACCGACGCGCGGAGUGGUCUGAGUUUGGAUGAAGGAGACUUGGAUGGUACAGUGAGCUUCGAAGAUGCCACCAGCACGCAAACGUCCGAAUCGCUGCCAAAGAACGCUUCCUUGACGCCAACGAGCCCUCCCAGAACCGACACGGGCUCGUCGAAACAUGUCGAAAAUGCCUUUGGGGAUCGAAGCCGCGUCUAUGGGAGGAACAAGCUUCCUGAAAGGAAGGCGAAGAGUUUUCUGGAGCUGGCUUGGAUUGCAUACAACGACAAGGUUCUGAUUCUGCUUACGAUAGCUGCAAUCAUAUCUCUCGCCCUUGGAAUCUAUCAGUCUGUGACGGCAACGGGGAAGGAAGCACGUGUGCAAUGGGUAGAGGGCGUGGCUAUCAUUGUUGCCAUCCUAAUCGUGGUCGUUGUGGGUGCCGCUAACGACUGGCAAAAGGAACGCCAGUUCGUCAAGUUGAACAAGAAAAAAGAUGAUCGACUGGUGAAAGUGGUCCGUUCCGGGAAAACAGCAGAGAUCUCCAUUCACGACAUUCUCGUGGGUGACGUUAUGCAUCUUGAACCCGGUGAUCUUAUUCCAGUUGACGGUAUAUUUAUUACUGGCCACAAUGUCAAAUGCGAUGAAUCGUCUGCGACCGGCGAGUCGGAUGUGUUACGCAAGACUCCUGCUCACGAUGUCUAUCGGGCGAUCGAGCAACACGAAAACGUCUCGAAGCAGGACCCGUUCAUCGUAUCUGGUGCCAAAGUCUCUGAAGGUGUAGGGACGUUCUUGGUUACAGCAGUCGGUGUUAAUUCGACAUACGGAAAGACCAUGAUGUCUCUUCAGGAUGAAGGGCAGACCACCCCGCUACAAUCGAAGCUAAACGUGCUCGCAGAGUACAUUGCAAAGCUUGGUCUUGCUUCCGGAUUACUCCUGUUCGUCGUGCUUUUCAUCAAGUUCCUUGCGCAGCUGAAAGAUAUGGGCGGCGCAUCUGAGAAAGGACAAGCUUUCCUGCAGAUCUUCAUUGUUGCUGUGACCGUCAUCGUUGUUGCUGUCCCAGAAGGUCUUCCUCUGGCUGUCACCCUGGCGCUCGCCUUUGCAACGACCCGAAUGCUCAAGGACAAUAACCUUGUACGUCUGUUGAGAGCCUGUGAAACUAUGGGUAAUGCCACCACGAUCUGCUCCGAUAAAACAGGUACCCUGACGGAAAACAAAAUGACCGCCGUCGCGGCUACUCUGGGAAAGAAUCUAAGAUUUGGAGACAAGUCCACCGAAACCUCUAGUCGUCCAGACGGCGACCGGGGUCGCGACCCUGCGACUACUCUUUCUCCCUCCGAGUUCGCAUCCAGCCUUUCUGCACCGGCUAAAGACCUUUUGAUCCAGUCGAUUGUAUAUAACUCCACGGCAUUCGAAGGGGAGCAAGACGGUGUAAUGACUUUCAUCGGUUCGAAGACGGAAACUGCCCUUCUGGGAUUUGCGCGUACGUAUCUCGGCCUAGGGUCACUCAGCGAGGCUCGGGACAACGCAUUUCUUGCUCAGAUGGUGCCAUUUGACUCCGGACGCAAGUGUAUGGCGGUGGUCGUCAAGAUGGAAAAUGGUAAAUACAGAAUGCUGGUCAAAGGUGCAUCCGAAAUUCUGGUUGCGAGAUCCACUCGUAUUGUUCACAACGCUACCCAGGACUUGUCAGAAGGGCCCAUGUCGGAUCAAGACCGGUCUAACCUGGACAAUUUGAUCAACCGUUAUGCAUCUCAUUCGUUACGAACUAUUGGUCUGGUGUACCGGGACUUCGAUCAAUGGCCACCCCGUGGGGCUCCUACUCAGGAGGAGGAUCGUUCGCUCGCUGUUUUCGAUGCAGUCUUCAAGGAUAUGAUUUUGUUGGGCGUCUUUGGUAUCCAGGAUCCCUUGCGACCGGGUGUGACCGAGUCCGUCCACCAGUGUCAACGUGCAGGUGUCUUUGUGCGUAUGGUGACUGGUGACAACAUCAUGACUGCGAAAGCUAUCGCCCAAGAAUGCGGUAUCUUCACUCCUGGGGGCAUUGCUAUUGAGGGCCCCAAGUUUCGUCAGUUAAGCAGCCGUCAGAUGACGCAAAUCAUCCCGCGGCUACAGGUUCUGGCCAGGUCAAGCCCCGACGACAAGAAAAUUCUGGUUACUCAACUCAAAAAGCUGGGUGAAACGGUGGCUGUGACAGGCGACGGUACGAACGAUGCACAGGCUCUCAAGACAGCUGAUGUUGGCUUUUCUAUGGGGAUUUCUGGCACUGAAGUUGCUAAAGAAGCGUCCGAUAUCAUCCUUAUGGACGACAACUUCACCUCGAUUAUCAAGGCUAUGGCUUGGGGUAGGACAGUCAAUGAUGCUGUCAAGAAAUUCCUUCAAUUCCAACUUACUGUCAACGUUACUGCCGUGGUCCUCACUUUUGUUUCCGCAGUAGCGAGUGGAGAUGAGGAAUCUGUCCUGACAGCAGUUCAGCUUCUCUGGGUUAACCUUAUCAUGGAUACUUUUGCGGCCCUUGCCUUGGCUACGGAUCCCCCCUCACCUCAUGUUCUCGACCGUCGACCUGAUCCUAAAUCGGCGCCGUUGAUCAAUUUGACUAUGUGGAAGAUGAUUAUUGGACAGAGUAUCUAUCAGUUGGUCGUCACGCUGGUUCUGAACUUCGCGGGACAAUCGAUCUUUCACUACAAAACGGCAGACGACCUCGACCGGCUUGAGACGAUGGUGUUCAACACGUUUGUCUGGAUGCAGAUCUUCAACCAGUGGAACUGUCGCCGACUCGACAACAAUUUCAAUAUCUUCGAGGGCAUGUGGCGAAACUUCUGGUUCAUGGGGAUUCAGUUCAUCAUUAUUGGUGGACAAAUUCUUAUCAUCUUCGUUGGUGGACAGGCGUUCUCUGUCAAGCGACUCAACGGAGCUCAGUGGGGUGUUUCGCUGGUUCUAGGCGUAAUCUCGCUGCCGGUAGCCGUGAUCAUCCGAUUGAUACCUGAUGAGUUUAUUAGCCGGCUCAUCCCUCGGUUCUGGCAGCGCAAGAAGGGCCCCGAGCUACUGGUGUCCGACGAGGACCGGCGGUUCGAGUGGAACCCUGCGCUCGAGGAGAUCCGGGAUCAGUUGAAGUUCCUCAAGACGGUUCGUGGAGGUCGGCUGAGGCAUCUCAAGCACAAGUUGCAACAUCCAGAAGAACUCCUUCCGAGAUCACGAAGCGGGUCACGAUCCAGAGAAAACUCGAUUCCCGGUACUCCUGUUGGCGAGCACAGCGACAGCACCCCGACACAGCCCCCUACUCCCGAUUCCCGCUCUAGACGACGCACUCGGUCCCGCUCGAAUUCAGCCUUCGGGCCUGCUGCUGCUAUGGCCGGUGUGGUUGCGGGAAGUAUUGCGGGCUGGUCUCCAAUUGAGCGGGCACCAGGUGACGGAGAGGCUUUCAAGGUCCAGACGGACAGUCCUCAUGGAGGCCUGGAUAAGCAGAAAGGCAUUGAAAUCCACCCCGAUACUGCGGCUGAUGACCGUAUUCUGGGAGAUUACCAGACUACCUCGAAGACCCCUCCGAGCCAGAACCCAGGACUUCUCCCGCACUUCGAAUACGCACCUCCGGAGCGUGCUCCGUCCCACCGGAGCCAGAGGUCUACGUCUCGGCUGUCGCGAUCUAGCCAGAGCCAGGCGUGAUCGCAAACCUCCUCUUCUUCCCAACUCCUUCCAGCCCUGUAUACUUACCACCUGCUCUCUCUUUGUUCGCUCAAGUCCUUCUUGCUUGUGAUUUAAGUCCUUUCAUGCUAGAUGUUACUGCGUUUUGUGAUUUUACUUGCCGAUUC